GAUUAUUAUAUUUACUCCUACAUUUAUGUAAGAGAGAAAGUUUAAACUCAUAAUUUAUUAUAACUGCAUGCGUUUUAAUCAUAAACAUUACUAUUUGUUUGUUUCAACAAAAAUAGAAUUUGAAAUGGAACAGAUGGAGAAAUCCUUCAUCUAAUGACGUCUGAAUUUUUUUUUUUUGCUAAAUAAUUUAAGUCUUAACACUCUCAACUUUCAACAUAUAUUUUAUUUCAUACUUUGAUAAUUUAAUAUAAAAAUAAAAUAUAAUGAUCGGCGUUCUUCAUAAUUUCGUUAUUCAACGCUUUUCGCUCGGGAUAGUAACAACCGGCUUCCAACAGAUGGCAGAUCGCUAUAUCUGUGCAUGCACAUUACGGCCGCAUCUUUUAGGCUGUUAUGUAUUUUUACCAAAGCUAAAAACAUAUUUAAAAAUCUUCGUGGCUAUGGAAUUCACAUUUGAACGCCAAUAAGCUGUACUACUACACUGCUGCAUCUUCGUUUAACAAGAAGCUUGUUUAGUUUAAAUAUUUUCGAAAUAUUUUGAAAUUCUUUUUACUGGUGCACACUUCUGCGCAGUCUUAUAAGUUAUGACUCUUCAAUAACGAUCGAGAGAUAAAUUUUGAUUACUAUAAAAAAUUAUUUAAGAUUCCACGAUUUUGUUCCUGGAAAAAACAAAUGAUACUACUCUAAUACAUUAACAAUUGGAUGAUAACAGUUUUCGAUUUUAUGACAAUUUGAUAUUGUGUCGAAUGUCAAAGUGUGCUACUUAACGUUUAAACUAACUUUAUUCAACAGUAUCAAGUUAAGACUAUUAACAAGUUACUCUGCAGUGAUUUUUAUUGUAACUUUUUGUGCUCUUUGUUUAGUGCUCUUUUUUUUAAGUGCUAUAAUAUGAAUAUUGAGAAAAAAACUCAAUUAUUUAAUAUGCAUUUGAAUAAAAGACAUUUAGAAUUGGUACAAAAAAAAGUCAGACUGCAAGUAUUGCAAGAUUUGAAAACCAAUAAUGGUAUAAUUAUUCAGCGGAAGAUGAACAUUUUAGAGUGCGAAACGCGUGAACUUGUAAGGAAAAAACUCCGUACUUAAAUAUUUUUAAAAAUCAAAUAAUACAUCAAUAUAUUACUUGAGGAUAAAAUUCAAAAAGAAGUGUGGGAUCUUCAAAAUCAGCAGUGCAAUCAAACUUGGAAUUUUUCCAUGAAACACAAAUACAUUUCGAUACUAAAUGAGUUGCCAAAUUUUCCAAAAGAAGUUCCUUUUGCUUGUGGUUGCAAUGGCCGUAAUGUUGAAAAAGAACGAAGAAUAAAUCCUCGGAUUCAAGAACUAUCGAAGGAAAUUGAUAAAUUGGAAACUACUUUUGAAAUAGAAAAUGGUGGUAUGUUAAAAAGUGACUUGACCAAAGCUGAUAUUAAAUUGCAGAGCAUCACCACUGAUGAAAACUUAGAAAUACAAAUCUUACAGACCUCUUUAGUUACCACAGAAAAACGAAUUAGUGCCUUGCAAAAACAAAUUCAAGAAAAAUUUGAUUUAAAAAACAUUAGGAAUACUUAUUCAAGGGAUGAAAAACUUAAUAAUAAUUCAUUUCAUACAUGUACUAAUUCAAGUGUAUUGGAAGUAAAAAAACUGAAUAUUAAUUCUGAAAAAUCACAAUUACCUUUUAAACUGGCAAAUCAAAGAUAUAAAGAAAAUAACCAUGGAUUUUUAACAGCUAAUAAUUACAUAGAGAAAUUGGAAGAACAAAAUAAAUUGGAUAAAACUUCGUCUCUCGAGCAAAAAAUUGGUAUUGUUGGUGGUAACAUUCGAAGUAAAAAAACAUUUGUGUUCAAAACUAGAAGUCUCUUAACUCAAAAAUCAAAACAUUAAUCAUGAAAAAUACAAGAUUAAGAAACAUUUAGCAUACAACGACACAGAACAUUAUAGUAUAUUUUAUGAAUAUUUAUAGUAGUCUGAUUUUGAUAUUGACAUACAUUUCUUCAAAGUCUAGAGCGAGCAUAAAAUUGUUCAUAUUUUAUAAAUUUUUUUCUCAGUACACCAUCCGAAAAGACAGUUCAUCUCACUUUUUUCAUAAGAAGAUACUAACUGUGAAGAUGAACUUUUUAAAAGGCAUUUUCUAAUAGUUAGGCAGUGCCAUAGGUCUAUAAAAAAGUUAGUGAAUUCUCAGAAAAAAAAGAAUUUUAAUUUUGACCCUGGUUUUGAAAUCACCUUAAAAAUCCGAAAGCUCAAGAUUCUUUAACAUCAUAAGUUAAUGACAAUUCGUUUUUUCGCAGCCAAUUAAUUGCACUCCAUUGUGCAACCCUUUCUUAGUUAUACAGUCGGUUGAUUUAAAAAAAACAUCGUGUUUAUAAAAAUAAUUGAAAAUAAUUAUUUUGAUUAUAAAAAGUUUGAAUUACUUAUAAAUAUCUGAAUAAAUUGUUAAAUGUUUGUACAAUAAAAAAGCGAGUCAAUUACUUAUACCCAUAUUUUUAAAAUAAGAAUACAUUUUGCAAACAAACAAGAAAAACUCUAAUUUUAUCAUAAAUAUUUUCAGUAAUUUAAAUACAAUAUUUAUUUUCAAUACUUACAUUAAUAACUUUCGAAAAACAUGUAAGUGUGUUUUCUUCAUUUUUUUCUAAUUGAUAGGAUCCAAAGUAUAAUAGUAUCUCCAAACAUUUUAUUUAAAAUUGUAAUUAAAUCUUUAGUUCUGAAGCCAUAAAAAUUACUUUUUGUGAGUUAUAAGAAAUGUACACAACAUUUAUUUUGUUUCAAAUAUUUUUACUAUUCAAUGAUCAAAAACAGAUACACUUAUUUACCGAACAGUUUUUUUAUCAGUAUGCACUUUUUGAUAUAAACUUUUUUUACUCAUUAUGAAUCAUUAGAAGAUAUUUUUGCUAUGUAAGUAAUUAAAAAAAUAUAAAAUUCUAACGAUAGACGAUAAAAAACUUUAAUCAUCGAAAUCCAUGU